UACAAAUCUAACACACUGUCUAGGCUGGCUGCUCUGCCAGGACACAAAGCUGUUUUAGUCAUACUUCUGUCUUUUUUUCUUGUGUAACAUGCUUGUUUAAUAAUUCCAUCGUAAAGGGGGGUUAUAUAGUUUGAGUAUUAUGUUUUUGCACACGAUUUAUUUCCGACUGAAAAGCCGAAACUUGUGUGAUAUUCCUAAAAGAAGUUUCCAGCGAAGAAUUUAGCACCAGCAAAAAGAAAGUUAGACUGUCUGCGACCAUGAAAAAGCCACAGACUCAAGGGCGACUGGAAGUCCUGCAGGUUUAUAAGCUCCUCCAGUGUGUACGGAAAGAGGACAGGGCACAAAUAGAGAAGAUGGUUGGUCUUGGAGUCCCCAACCUUAUCAACGCAACUGAACCCAAUGGUGGGGAAAGUGCCCUGCAUUUAGCCUCUGUGGCUAACAACAUUGGAAUGUGCAGCUUCUUACUGUCACUGGGGGCGCAUGCCAAUGUGCAGGACCUGGGCGGCUGUACCCCUGUGAUGAAAGCAGCUGAGCUGGGGCAUGAUAACAUCGUGGAAGUACUGACCGAGGCAGGAGCAGACAUGACUAUAGUGGACAAUGAAGGAAAAGGCAUUUUAUUUUAUUGUAUUUACCCUUCCAAAAGACACCUGCGCUGUGCCCAGAUUGCCCUGAAACAUGGAGCUGAUGUUAACAAUUGUUCGCUAGGAGGAAAACCUGUAUUUAUGGUUGCGUGUGAGCAAGCUGUGAACUGUUCCACGAUGUGUCUGAACAUUCUAGAAAGGGAGGCUGAUCCCAAUGCAACCGAUGAGUCUACAGGAUGUACAGCGUUAAUGGAAGCAACAAGAGCAGGGGCCGUGGAGCUUGUUCGUGCUAUCCUUCAGAGAGGGGGAAACAUCAAUUCUUUAGAUAAGAUGAGAAACCAUGCCUCUCAUUUUGCAGCUGAAGGAGGCUUUUUUGAGGUAAUCCGAGUACUUUCUGCAUAUAAUGCUGAUCUGUGUGUUGUUAACAUGCAAGGAAACACACCACUUCACCCUGCUGCCAAAGGAGGGUUUGCUGAUUGCUGCAAAUUCUUGGCCCAGAGAGGUUGCAAUCCUAAAAUCAAAAACCUGGAAGGAAGCACUGCAAGCAUGGUUGCUAAAGAGAAUGGCCACAAGGCCGUCAUGAAAGAACUUCGCAAGGCAGAAAGACUUUAUGCCAAGUACGCCAAGCCUGGAGCGAAGAACCCCAACGAUCCAUGGGCAAUUACUCUGUAUGACUGGGCCCUAGAGCACGAGGCAGAGCUUCGUAGUGCUUUCGAAUCUGCAGAAGAAACUGAAACUGAUACUGUCUCAAAGGACAAUUUUGUUGCAGUUCUUCAGGAAAAGGGGGCACCAGUAGAGCAGGAGAACAUUGAAAAAGUCGUGUUGGCACAUGACAAGAGCCGAGAAGGGUCAAUCAAUAUCACUGAAUUCUUCAAAGGAACCAAGCUGCUGCAGAAGGCAUUUCUGAUGUCCUCAUAUGCCCCCAAAAAGAAAAAAGGAAAAAAAGGCAAGAAAGGCAAGAAAAAGGGCAAGUUUUCAAUCCCAAUGCCGAUCUGCACUGUUCCUCAGGAGAUGAUGUUUCGUCGGGAUGAUGGUGGCCCCCCUCACUUCAUGAUUGAAAGUUAUCAGCACUAUACAGAUUCAAACCGGUUUGAUCGGGAUCACCCCCCUGGACACCCCAUUGAAGAUGAUUCAGCGUGGUACAUUGAUAAACCACAAUCGUUCUACACAAAUAUCAAUUAUUGUGUAAAAACUGGGGAUUUUGACUCCCUAAAUCUAGCCUUCAGCCAAGGAGUACCAGUGGACGUCCUGGACAAAUUCUACAAAACGCCCCUCAUGUGUGCUUGUGCUCAUGCAAAGUAUGAUGUUGCAAAAUAUCUUAUAAGCAAGGGAGCUAAUGUAAAUGCAUGUGACCAGUUUAAGUGGACUCCACUUCAUCAUGCAAGUCAUGCAGGGCAGCAGGAUAUUGUUGAACUACUGGUAGAGUCUGGUGCUGAAAUCGAUGCUGCUGCAAUUAAUGGAGCAACUCCUCUGAUGAGAGCAAUAGAAAGUUGUAGGCCUGGAUGUGUUGAAUACUUGAUCAAAGCUGGUGCAAAGGUUCAGAUUCAAAACAAGCAAGAGAAAAAUGCAAUGGACACUGCAAAGGCAUAUGCUGAUUUUAAAAUUGUCGACCUGGUGCAAGCAAAGUUUGAUACUCUUCCUAAACCAAAGGAGAAAAAAGGAAAGGGAAAAGCACCUGCUAAGCCAAAAACAGCUGCAAAACCCAAGGAACCAACUCCAAAACCAGCUUCCCCAUCACCAUCAGAUACAGGGUUAAAGAAACAAUUUCUUUUGGAGAGUGUGACGCAUCAAAAUGCAAGAAUAGCCAGUGGAGCUACUAGGAAGAUAGACAUCACUUUUGUGCCAAAAACAAUUUGGACUAACCAGCCAACAACUAAAGACCUAAUUCAAAAGAAGGAAGAACGCAGAUCUCGUCUUUCCUAUGAAUCGGAUUUUGAGGAUUUUAUGAUGCCAUUUAAGAAGAACAUUAUGGAGAAAUCUCUUGAAUUAGGGGGUCCAGAAUAAUAAUAAUAAAACAAUAGAUGGCUAAUUGUAAAAAUGCCACAACUGUCAAUUAAAUUACUGUAGGAUAACAUUUUUGCAAAUACUGUGCAAUUAUUAAUGCAAAGGCAACAAAUAGCUGCGAUGCUUUAAAACAGGGUAAAAUAAUUAUUAUACACUUUUUAGGGAAAUUAUUUAAAUAGAGAUGACAGUGUAAGCUCAUUUUUUAAAGUUAUUAAUAAAUACAAUGCACCUCAGGACAACAACACUACCAAACAAUGUAACAUUUUAAUACUGUAAUCUAUAUCCACAAGUGAUCAUUUCCCUCGCAUGGUUUACAUAUUUCUAAUAGUGAUCAAUGGAGAUAACAAGGAAUCGUACACCAUUUAAAAAUGUGUUUCUUGAGGCAAUGGUAGUAGUCCAAUGCAAAACUAAUAAAUGUGGUAACUUAUUCACACUACCUUGUGAUGUCUGGUACGAAAGGUCUGGAAUGAUUAAUGAAUCUUGAUUUUGAUGUGCUUCCCUAAGACAUAGAACCGACACAUGUUGCUUUUUAUACUGUGAUAUAAUCAUUUAACAAUGCCAUUAAAUAUCACAUGAAAGAGAAAGUACUUACAAAGAACAGUGCAUAACCUUGGGCGCUAGAGGUAUUUUAAUUGAACACAGCAUAAGGGCCAUUCAGAACUGAUCCCUGUUUAAAUACUCAGGUUAAUGUUAAUUUUGUAUUCUGUACUGCUGUUUCUUUUGAUAAAAUGUUGCAUUUGGUUUAGUAGUUCUGAAAAGCAAUUAUGGUGGGAAAUACAACAAAUAAUAAUAAACUGACAAGUCGGCAUUCAUUGUUAAGCAGAACAAUGAGGAUCAUCUAAAAUAAUAUGUUUCCUCUAUAAUUAAUAUUCUGUAUAGAGCAUGAUGAUUUUGAUCCAGAGAUUAAUGGCAAAGAUGAACAGGUAGCAAUUGAACUAUGACUGACAAUAGGAUUAUCAAAAUGGGAAGUGUAAAAAAAAGGGACGUAUUCUGAAAGUUAUUUUCUUCAAAUUUUCAUGUUUGCUUUGUCAGGUUUUUGUGUGUGUGUGUGUGUGUGUUGAAAAUGGAGUUUACUUUAUUACCCCUGAAUUUAGAGAGACUUUAGCAUUCAUCACAAGAAUCAAGCAUAGUCCAGUACAGUAUUAGAUGUAGUUUAUUGAAUAAAUUAGCCACUCAUAUUGUGCAACAAGGUAGAACAGUGAAUAUAAAAGACAGGUUGUACUGUAUAUACUAUAUGACUUUAACUGUAUGUGUUAAUAAUGGAUAUUGGUAAUAAUACACACCAAGACAGUAAAAUGCAUUUGAUUAUA